AUGCUGUACGCUCGUACUCGGCGUGUCUCCGAAAGUCAUUCAGCUCACAGUCACGCCGCUGCCGCCGUACAUGACCGCCAACACUGGCUGGCGGCGGCGGCGUGGCCGAGCAAAAUGCUCAACCCAGUUUCCGGCAGCACUUCUCCAACCAAGACCACCAUCAGCGGAUUCGAGACCAACAUGACCUCUCGCCAACGACGGUAA